UUUUGUUGACUGUGGUUACUUAAGUAUCAAUCCUAGAUGACUGAUCAACCGUCGUAGAAAACCAACGGAAAGCCCUUAACUUCAGAUUGGUUCCUUUUGAAUAUCAACAAGGGAAUUAAAAAUGAAAUUUGCCAAUUUGGGUUUGAUUCUAGUGAUUGCUGUUGUUUUUUCAGCCAUUGAUGGUGUAAAUACUUCAAUGCAUGUCUACGAUCAUGAAAUCUUUAGGGAAGUUGGUAAUGCUUUCCUUCUAUCAGGUGGUAGUGAAGGUAUCGUGUCUUCUUCUUCUUCUUCUUCUCGCUCUUCCAAAUCAAUAGAGGAGGGAGAGAUCCAAGACGGGCGUUCUUUUAUCAGAUUUGAGAAUAUCACUUUCUGGAGGACUGAGGAAGCUGCAGCACAGCAUUCAAGUAUGGCGCAUAGUACUGGGCUAGUUCAAGCAUUUAUUUUUGAGGCAUCUGAUCGGGACAAUAUCGGUGGUUCUGCAUAUGGUGGACAAAAGGCCAUCUGUUGUACUCAAGAUCUUGCAAAGCUUGAAGGCUGCAAGCUUGGUGAAGUCAUUAGGAGACCUUCUGCGUGGGACCUCAAGUGGCCAACUGUUAUAAAUACUCAGUUCAGUGGGGAUUCUAUAUCUACAGAGAUGGAGCAGGCCGAAAUAAAUAUUCCCAAAACUGGAAUGUACAACCUGUUCUUUAUGACCUGUGACCCAAGUCUGAAGGGGAUGGUGAUGAGCGGAAAGACACUAUGGAAAAAUCCUGAUGGUUAUCUUCCAGGGAGGAUGGCCCCACUAAUGAACUUUUACAUACUUAUGUCGGUUGCAUAUGUGUUGCUUAGUGUUGCCUGGUUGUUCCAGUACAUCAGGUUUUGGAAGGAUAUAUUGCAGAUCCAGAACUAUAUUACCCUUGUUAUUGGUCUUGGCUUGUUUGAAAUGACUCUUUGGUACUUCGAGUACUCACAUUUUAAUAGAACAGGAACGAGGCCUAUUGCAAUUACAACUUGGGUUGUGACAAUUGGAGCUAUCAGAAAAACAGUUUCCCGUCUUCUUAUACUUAGUGUUUCUAUGGGGUAUGGGGUUGUACGGCCUACUCUUGGUGGUCUUACUUCGAAGGUGAUUCUUCUUGGACUGACCUAUUUCUUGGCGUCUGAGUUACUGGAUAUUGCUGAGAAUGUAGGAACCAUUGAUGAUAUCAUAGGGAAAGCACGACUCUUCUUGGUUCUUCCUGAUGUAUUCCUGGAUGCCUUUCUAAUACUAUGGAUUUUCACUUCUCUGUCAAAGACCUUAGAGCAGCUCCAGGCAAAGAGGAGUUCUGUGAAACUGGAUAUAUAUAGGAAAUUUUCAAAUGUGUUAGCUGUAACUGUAAUUGCUUCCGUCGCUUGGAUUUGCUAUGAGGUAUACUUCAAAGCUACUGAUCCUUUCAGCGAACAGUGGCAGAGUGCUUGGAUAGUUACCGCUUUUUGGGAUAUUCUUGCAUUUGCACUACUUUGUGUGAUAUGCUAUUUAUGGGGUCCAUCUCAAAGUUCUCAAAGAUAUGCCUAUUCGGAGGAAGUAGGGGACGAAUAUGAUGAUGAGGAAUCUCAAUCUUUAACUAAGGGAGCUACAGAAGGUGAUCUCAGCUUAGUCAAGCAAGAGAAUUAUGUUGCUAAUAGAUGUGAUGAUCAACAAGAUGAAAAUGGAGAUGAUAUAGAGGAGGGCAAAAGAGAAUGAUCUCAGUCACAGAAGAAAACAUACAAAACGAGUCCAAAUGAAAAGAUAGUUUGUAGGAGCUUUGUUGCUAUAAUCAUGGAAAGUGUUCACCUUGCAGUACAACGGUCUGAGAAAGAAAGGGUGAGAAUGACAUGGAAGAACAAUUUUCCUAAAUCUAGUUUUGGCUUUUAAGAUGUUGUGAUUUGUUAAUAUUUUUUCCUUUCUUGUCAGCAUUGAUGAUUUGUCUUUGUAUAUUAUUAGUGAAUCAUAUUACUUACUAAAAUCUUUGAGCCGCUUCCAUC